GUAAAAGUGGUCAGAAACCAUCGUGAGCUAUGGCACUGUGUCUCAGGAGUUUGCCAGCGCGUUUUGUUCCUAUUAAUGCGAUUAUUUGCACAACAAAACCGCAUUUUGUACAGAAGCAGGAUGAACAGUGGUCACCUGCAAUGAAAAUCCCAUCAAAGCUCCGGAAAGACGUGUCGCUGCUUGGUUCCCGAGAUGAGCUUUUGAGCAUGUGUGAUAGGACUUAUAAGUAUUGCGCACCAAAUCCCAUUGAGAAGUUCGCUGAAGCCCCAGGAGAACAAAAUCAUCAGGCGCCGGGUGGCGAACAUCCUAACAAUGAAGAUCUCGCAAAAAUCUUCAAUGUUCUGCGCACAACUCUGCCUAAACUCUUCGUCCAGCCCAUGGAUUACUCAAUUUACGAUGUAAAUCUGAUAUUAGAAAACAAUAUCACGGGGAAGCGGACAGUGGGACUUUUUCACUAUGUGAAGCAAGUGGCUCUCCUGCGGACUGUGGGGCACUUGAAGUUUGCCUAUGUAAAAUUCGAUGUCUUAAAAAUCACACAGCAUCCAGAGGACUUCACGGUUCGUGUGAGAUGGCGUAUCAGUGGGAUUUCCGGCAUGAAAGUCAUGUUCACGUUCUGGAAGUACAAAUUGUGGAAUUUGAAAGAAACGUUCGAUAACAUGGAAGCGUGGUAUGAUGGUUUCUCCACAUUUUACAUUGGCAAUAAGGGUGUCAUCGUGAAGCACGUUGUGGACAAGAUGAUGCCUGACGAUAGCCGGGAGCCGAACAAGGUGCAAGCGUUCCCCAUGGUCGAAGGAAGACCUGUGUAAGAGCAUAGAAAUUGUUUAUAGUUGAAAAAUAAAAUGCACCGACUAGAAAUUUAGAA